AUGGCCGGGCUGCGGUCUGCAGCUGCGCAGACGCGCAGCCAGGCCGGGUCCAAAACUGGGGUCGAAUACUCGCUGCCUCCGGAGAGGGACGACGGGUAUCGACGCGGCCCCAGCAAGGUGUACGCCACGGUUCCCCAGGGGACCGUGGCGACGACCGUCGCCUCGGACUGGCUCGCGAGCGAGCUGGCCGAGCACGGAGAGAUCGAUGCGGCAUACCGCGACCGCAUAGUCAUGCACCUGAUGACGGCCGCCGGCGCCUCGGCGCCGGCCGACGCCGUGUUCAGGUUCACGGCCGACGAGGUGAUGCAGACCUCUCGCCCGACCUCCGCGUCGGGCGAGGACGACGACGAGGACACCGACCGCUCUGAGGAGUAUUCCGACGGUGGGAGGGUGUCCGACUAG